GCAUAGGGCCGCACCGGCUCUCCCUCUGUAGCUCGGUCCUGACUUGUUCCUCCAGCAUAGCCAAAGAACAUCGCAGAAGGGCCACCGCCACCACUCAACCGCAACCAUGAACGGGACAGAGGGUCCAUACUUCUACGUGCCCAUGUCCAAUGCCACCGGCGUUGUGAGGAGCCCAUAUGAAUACCCUCAGUACUACCUGGCGCCUCCAUGGGCGUACGCUUGCCUGGCUGCCUACAUGUUCUUCCUCAUCCUGGUCGGCUUCCCCGUCAACUUCCUCACACUGUACGUCACCAUCGAGCACAAGAAGCUGCGUACGCCCCUAAACUACAUCCUGCUGAACUUGGCUGUGGCUGACUUGUUCAUGGUCUUCGGCGGCUUCACUACCACAAUGUACACAUCGCUGAACGGCUACUUCGUCUUCGGGCGCCUCGGCUGCAACCUGGAAGGCUUCUUCGCGACCUUCGGCGGUAUCAACUCACUCUGGUGCCUGGUCGUGCUGUCCAUUGAGAGAUGGGUGGUCGUCUGCAAGCCCAUGAGCAACUUCCGCUUCGGAGAGAACCACGCCAUCAUGGGCGUCGCGUUCACCUGGUUCAUGGCCUUGGCUUGCACCGUGCCGCCCCUGGUCGGCUGGUCCCGUUACAUCCCCGAGGGAAUGCAGUGCUCAUGCGGUAUCGACUACUACACCCGCGCCGAGGGCUUCAACAAUGAGUCCUUUGUCAUCUACAUGUUCGUGGUGCACUUCCUGACCCCACUCUUCGUCAUCACCUUCUGCUACGGCCGUCUGGUCUGCACCGUCAAGGAGGCUGCCGCCCAGCAGCAGGAGUCCGAGACCACCCAGAGGGCAGAGCGCGAGGUCACCCGCAUGGUCAUCCUCAUGUUCAUUGCCUACUUGGUCUGCUGGCUGCCCUAUGCCAGUGUUUCCUGGUGGAUUUUCACCAACCAGGGCUCCGAGUUCGGCCCCAUCUUCAUGACCGUCCCGGCCUUCUUUGCCAAGAGCUCUUCCAUCUACAACCCGGUCAUCUACAUCUGCUUGAACAAGCAGUUCCGCCACUGCAUGAUCACCACUCUGUGCUGCGGCAAGAACCCAUUCGAGGAGGAAGAGGGCGCCUCCACCACCGCCUCCAAGACCGAGGCCUCGUCCGUCUCCUCCGUGUCCCCGGCAUAAACGGCCGUGCGCUCGCACGACGACACUCACAGCCCUCCGCGAAACCUGCCGGCCACCUCAAGCAAACGGCCAACGACACCACCAUGACCAAGACUUCAGCGAAGAGAACCAAGCGACCGCUACCACUCCCGAAAUUAAUGUCUCUGUCAACUCACUUUUUUGUAUUUUUACGAAACCCAAUUGGUUCAACCUAAAGACAGUUGAGAGAAAGGACGGACUACGUCCAAGAUGUUUCUGUACAUUCAGCAAGUCCAACGUAAUUGUGCGUAAGGUGUUUUUGCUCUUUGAUUUUUUUUUCUGUUCAGAUGUGGUGAAAAGAAAAAAUAUCUUAGCCCUCUUACUGUUGGACUCCUAAUGUUACUGGCUUUGUUGUGAUUGUAGAGGCAUGUAAUCAAGGCAACGUAAAAAUAAAAUGCACUUGGCAAAUGAA